ACUAUACACCAUCUAGCUGCCCUCCCGAUGUCCACGAUGCAGCGCGUGCGAGGAUCUUCCUCGUCACGGGUCACCGUAGUUAUCAAGCCUCAGCAGCUGGACAGACGACACCCGAAAACCUGCAAAAAAAAACUUUGCUGCGACAUCGGCGGAACCGAUGCCGAGCUUCGUUUCCAGUUUGGGCGCCAUAUUGUUACGACUCGGCUUGUUUCUCUGGGGCAACGCUGGCCAGCUCGUCACCUCAGACACAACAAAAACAUCGGGCACACUUAUCGGCAGCUUAGAAGUUACACUGCAGCGUACCCACCCUUUCUGUGGCGGCAACAUUCAAAUUUAAUCGUCGUUGCGCCACCCAAUAAUGUUUCCGACGACUACCCUAUUCCAUGGCGAUGUGAUCCUCCUCCCUCAAUAAAUUCUUAA